CAGAAUCAAACCGCAUGUCGCAAGUUUCCCCACACGCACUUAUACAGUACUCCAACCCGCAGUUUACUCUCCCAGUCAAAGACGAAGCGACGCUCCAGGAGGAUACCAAGCGCUCCUUCGCACUCUUCCAACCACCGCGGAAAAAGAAAGGGAGAGAACUCAAGCCCCUCUCGCAUUCACUCACUCUCACAACUGAGCCCCUCCAAUUUACCCCACAAAUCCCUCAACCAUGAUACACUGGUCCCUCUUCAACCUCAAAUUCGCCUGCGAGAAGUGUCAGAACGGCCACAGGAACGGCUCAUGUGCGCAUAUCGACAGGAAACUCAUAGAAAUCAAAUCAAAGGGAAGGCCGGCGACUCAGUGUGGGCACUGUAGAGCAAAGAGGAAGGAGGGGGUCGGGCAUUCGCACCAUAAGUGUAUGUGUGGGGAUGGCGCUGCUAAUAUCAAGAAGAAGGUUGAAGUUCACUUCAAUCCAAAUGUGGUGUUGACGUUCACGCCUGAACGAGGAAACGUGGACUGGUUAAAACAGCAAUUGGAACAAACGCGGACGUCGACACUGACAGUACAGAAGAAGGCGAAAGCAGGGGUCGCAGCGCCUGCCACCGACGUACAGCUGAUCUACGUGAAAACAGAAGUUGUGGAAGAGACGCUAGAUCUGGACGUGCAGAAACUCAUGGCCAACCCAUGCAACUGCCAAUUUGGAGGAUCGUGCAUCUGUUCGGAGUUGCCUGCGAACAGGGGCGCUGGUGGAGGAUGCGGGAGCAGGAUAAAGCGCGGGUCGUCGGCGUCCGUUGGGCCGGCUUCGGCUUCCACUUCGAACUCCAAUUUGAAUCUAAGAGGAAGCCAUUCCCCUGCUGCGUCGGCUGCGGCGGGCGGUCUAACGGGAUCACCAUAUCCUCCUCUCCUGCCAAUGGUGGCCGGAUUGCCUCGGCCGGGGGACCUCGGGAACGCGUUCCACGUAACGAAUGCCACCCCUUCCCCCAUGAUGGCUUCCAAUGAAGCAUAUGCUAGCAUGUCAGGCUACCCCACCAUCCGACCCAUGCCCUCGCAAAUGGAUCAGCAUCAUCAACAACAACAACAGCAGCAGCAGCAGCAGCAGCAGCAAUAUCAGCCCAUGUACUCCCCAUCAACGCAACUCACCAUGGCCUACCACCAGAGAUUUCCGGACCCAUCCUACCAACCCCAACAACUCCCACCCACUUCCUCCAGCCACGACCCGGAGUUGCUCUCUGCCCUCUUCGCGCUACAUCAAGGAGGCGUAGUCGGACCGCCACAGCCCCAAUCCCCCGCGACAUGGGCCACUGGGAUGAGCAACGGCCCCCAACCGAUGAUGACACCCGAGCAGUAUGCAUACUACACGCAACAGCCACCACCAACCCAGCAAGUGUCCCGAGGAGGCGGAUGCUGUUCAGGAGGCAAAUCCUUCGCGCCGCCGCCGCCGAAAGCUGCGGCGACAUCGUGCGGAUGCUCGGGAUCGCAGACGGAUGAGGAGAUGGAUACUGGGGGUGGAUGUUGCGCCGGUGCAGGACGAUCAGUCUCGUCACGCAGGGCUUCUGGGUCGUGCUGUGGUGGCGGAGGCGGGGACAACAACAGCAGCAGCAGUAGUUUGGUUGAUACUCGAUUCUCCACCGCCUCGGCACCACAGGCGAAAGGCGGGUGCUGCGGGCCGAAAACCGUUGCCGCGCCCGUUGUGGCAUCGUGUUGUGGGGGCGCGACUACUGACGCGGCACCAGUAGCAUCCUCGGGGUGUGGAUGCUCCUCAUCGCGCCCGGUUGUUAGCAAUGGAGGUUGUGGAUGCAAUUCGACACCUGCACCGAUACCUGUUCGAGCGGCUGGCGGGUGUGGAUGCGGUGGAGGCGCUUCUGCUGCGAUUGAGCCUGAGCGGGAAGAUAACGGUGGGAGCUGUUGUGGUGGAAGUCGUCGCCCUUCUUCGUCGACGUCGGCGGGUGGAUGUUGUGGGGGCGGUGGUGGUGCUGCUGUUGCGACUAGCGGGUGUGGUUGUAGCAGCGGCGGUGGUGGGUGUGGAUGCAACAGUGGUGGAAAUACCGGCGGUGGGUGUGGAUGCGGCGGCGGCGCUCGAAAUGCGUCACCAUCCCCUCCUCAACAACAACAACAACCAAAGAAAGGCGGAUGUUGUGGAGGUGGAAAUGCACCCAAAGCGGACGUCUCGCCGUCCUUGCACAACAUUAUCCAACCACCCCCCUCGGGAUCGGGAGUCGGGAUGGAGAAAGAAAAAGAAGCAACAUGCCCCUGCGGCUGCCACGCCUCCACGCUCCUCUGCGAAGAAUGCGAGAAGGACUUGUGUCCCUUACACUUGGGCGAUUUACUCGCCCGGCCCUCUUCCUCCACCCAACAACCACCUCAACAGCCUCAACAGGGACAUCAGCAACAACCAUCGCCCUUCCCACCCGCCCCGCUCCCCCUACCAAGCACGGGCAAGGAGAUCAAACCGUGCAACAGCAUGGACGCGUUCGAUAUGCAUGGGAUGCGCACUGCGUUGUGUGGGUGUGGGUGUGCGGGGGUUGUUGAUGCGCGGUUGUGUUCUUGUGGGGCUUGAGGUCUGUCAUUUCGGGAGGGUGGGUUUUUUGCAGGAGUUUCUUUUUUGUUUAGGUCACUCUCUCUGUCUGUCUGUCUGUUUGUCUGUUACGGUUUUGGGAAUUUUGUAUGUAGUUUUCAUGGAUCCACACCUGCCUACCUCCCUCUCGUAUGCAUGAGAUACGGAGGUUUUGUUGGGAUUUGGAUGUGUAUUGUAGCAUCAGAUAACACAGCUGCUUUUUGCAUCGUUCGUCCGUCUUGUGGUUGCUGGUUGUGCAGG